AUGAUAGAAGCUCUUUACAGUCCAGGACACAUAUAUCAGCCUGGUACAAACCACUUCCGAGAUGCUGAAAUUCGCUGGUCGUUGGCUAUGGAAGAUUUAAAACAACACGUCAAGAUUGAAGAAAUUCUAGUUAUUGAACAUCAAUCAGAUCGAUUCCAACAAUGCGUAAUCCAUUUGAUUUUGAUUGGUCGUGACAUUUUCAAGAGUAACGGAGAAAUCAAUGGAGAAAUCAAUUUGGACAAUAAUUACACCUCUGCGAAUCAUCGAUAUUGGGCAUUAGCUUUAAACGAAUUAAACAAUCAUAUCAAAGUGGAAGAACGUGAAACAUAUGAUCAUCAAUCAGACGAAUUUCAAACCUGUGUGAGAAAAAUGAUUCUGAGUUGUUACGCUAUUCGCAAGGUUAGACAUGAGGCAUCGACCAUUGUUCGUUCAUUUUUUGGGUGA